AUGUGGGUUCGCAAAGGUGUUAUUAGUAUCAUUGAUCUAAGUAAUGAUUACUAUCUGGUGGCUUUUUCGCAUGAGGAUGAUAAGAAGGCAGCUCUCGCUAAUGGUCCAUGGUUUAUCUACGACCAUUAUCUUACAGUCAAGGAUUGGAGGCCAAAUUUUCAACCGAAUACAUAUUCAAUUGAUGAAGUGGCGGUGUGGGUCAGAAUCUCUGGUUUACCCAUUGAAUAUUAUGAUCCAAGAGCCCUAACGGUCUUUGGUAAUCGGAUUGGGCGAACUAUCAAACUAGACAAGACGACUAUCAAACAAGAGAGAGGUAAAUAUGCUAGAAUUUGCGUGACUGUUAACCUGGCGAAAUCGCUUCUAGCCAUGUUUGAUAUUAAUGGAAGCUGCUAUAAAAUUGAGUAUGAAGGAUUGCAUCUUCUUUGCUUAAAUUAUGGCCGUUAUGGGCACUACAAAGAGGGAUGUAUGCAUAAUGUGAAUACGGUGGCUGCUAGAGGGUCUAGGGCUGAGGGAGAAGAACACCAAGCUAAGGGGAUGACAGAUAUUGUGGUUGAUAAUCAUAAUGUGGAAGAUGGACCUUGGAGAAUUGUGCAGAAACCGAGAAAAACUAGGAAGAUCCCAGAGGGCCGGAAAAUUGCUGCUCCGACGAAGAUUAACGAUGAAGCCAAAGUGGGGGGAUCUCGAUUUCAUGCCUUAAUUGUUGAAGAUUCGGAGUUGAUGGGCAAUGAUAAUAUCAUUAAUGUUGAUAAUAGCUGUGAUAUUAUUGAAAAUUAUGAUAAUUAUGGGCUUAAAUUGAACGAUAAAGGUGGAGUUAGUGGUAUUACGAAUGUUGUCGGAUUUGAUGGGGUCUCUAAAAGAACUACCUUUUUUUGGAAAGGACAAGAAUCUUCCAAAUAG